AUGACAAUAUUUUUACCUAGAUAUAAUUAUCAUUAUAACUUAAAAAGAUCUUGGUUCCCAGGACAUAUGUUUUCAGGAUUAAAAGAUAUUAAAGAUCUUUUAAAUGAUAUUGAUUUGGUGAUUGAAACAAGAGAUUCCCGUAUUCCUAUUUCUUGUGAAAAUAAAUUAUUAAAUAAGGCAAUUGAGAAAAAGGAAAAGAUAAGAAUAUUUAACAAAUAUGAUCUAUUAGAUUGUGAUAGCAAAAGGAAAUUUCAAGAAAAAUUUUAUGAAAAUGGGAUAUUCUGUAGUAUAAACGAUCCAAAAUCAAUGAAGAAAAUAUGUGAAAGUAUAAGAAUAAAGGCAUUAAAGUUGAACAAGAUAUCAGGAAUGAAUGUAAUGGUGGUUGGAAUGCCAAAUGUUGGAAAAUCGACACUUUUAAAUUCAUUUCGUCAUAUAGGACUACGAUCAAUUGAUAUGUAUCAGAAAAAUCGAAAGGCAGUAAAAACUGGUGCACAACCUGGUAUUACAAAAAAAAUAACACAAAAAAUUAAAAUUAUAAAAAAACCUUUAGUAUAUUGUAUAGAUACUCCAGGAAUUAUGAUACCUUCUAUAAAUGAUCCUAUUACAUUUUUAAAAUUAGCAUUAGUUGGCUGUAUAAAAGACAACAUUAUUGACAUUAUUACAGUUGCUGACUAUCUAUUAUUUCGUAUUAAUUUAAUUAACCCAGAAUUAUAUUUAACUCCAUUUAAAAUGAAGCAACCUACGAACAAUGUAGAGGAGUUAUUAAAUGCAAUCGCUAUAGCUACAGGCUGUCUUAAAAAAGGAGGAAUUCCUAAUAUUUAUACAGCUGCAACUUUUCUUAUUAAAAAAUAUCGAACGGGAAAUUUGGGAAAGUUUAUUUUAGAUGAUAUUUUUUAA